AUGCCACAUUACAAACUAACAUAUUUCCCAGUACGCGGAUUGGCCGAGCCCAUCCGGCUUUGUUUUCAUUAUGCUGGAGAGAAAUUCGAGGAUUAUCGUGUACCUAAAGAUGCUUAUGGCGCGCUAAAACCAUGUAAGUAUGUGCACUCAAAUAAACUUUGUUAUUUCGAAAUACUUUUUAAUUGGCUUGCAGUACAACUAGUUGUAGUAGUUAAUAUGAAUUGACUAAAAAUUUGAAAAAAUUUAUAUUUUUUUAAAAAUUUUAAAAAAUUUUUUAAAAUUUUGAUAAGGUUUAUAGUACUCAUAAUAUCUAUAGUACACAUAAUAUUUAUAGUACUAUAAGAACAGUUUGAAGCCUUAAAAACGACCAAAAAGCCCUGAAGAUCAAAGCUAAAUAUAAAAAAAGUCAGCUUAAAACCAAAAAAAUCUUAAUAUUUAGAUAACAAAACAUUUUUUAUGCCGCUAAUAUGACUGCCAUACCAUAAAAGAUCAUUAAAACUGACUUUUAAACUUUUCAAACCAUAAAAACAGCAAAAAGUCACCCUGCGUCUGACGGGAAUCGAACCCGUGUCGAUUGCUUGGAAGGCAACCAUGCUGACCAUUACACCACAGACGCGCAUGCUCAACUUUCUCUUAAUAGCCGUGAAAUCCUCCGUUAUAUCUUUGCAACCCACUAAUAUGUCAUUAGAAAAAAGCGCGGUUGAUUUACGCUAGCGCAAAAUGAUAUACUGACCAAAAGACGAGUUUGCUCUUUGUCUCUUGACCCAAAUAUAGAUAUCUAUCGUCAAAUUAAGGGAGUUUAAGCAAGAGCGUCUGUGGUGUAAUGGUCAGCAUGGUUGCCUUCCAAGCAAUCGACACGGGUUCGAUUCCCGUCAGACGCAGUAUGACUUUUGCUAUUUGCAGUAGUACUGGUAAUGUUUUUUUUCUUUUUAGUAAUACUAGUAAUAAUGCCUAAAAUAUGUGCCUAAGCCUAAAAUAAGUCUCUAAGCCUAAAUGUGUAGCUAAGCUUAAAAUUGUGUGUCUAAGCCUGAAAUGUGUACGUAAGCCAAAAAUGUGUACCUAAGCCUAAAAUUGUGUGUCUAAGCCUAAAAUGUGCACCUAAGCCUACAAUUGUGUGUUUAAGAUUAAAAUGUGUACUUAAGUCUAAAAUUAUGUGCGUAAGCCUAAAAUGUGUAACUAAGCCUAAAGUGACUUUCUAAGCCUAAAAUGUGUACCUAAGGUUAAAAUGUGCACCUAAGCCUAAAAUGUGUACGUAAGCCAGGGCUUUUUAAGAUUUGUAGUAAAGUAACGCUAGUACAGGUUAUUGUGCUAUGUAGUACGUACUACUUUCUCCAAACUUAAAAAUUCUACUUUCAGUAACCCCCUAUGGUCAAUUACCAAUUCUCGAAGUAGACGGCCAUCAGCUAGUACAAUCUGGUGCUAUUCUUCGUUAUGUGGCUAGAAAAUUCAAUUUGAUUGGUAAGAAUGAAUGGGAAACGGCUAAGGCUGACGAAAUUUGGUCGUUUUUCUACGAUUCAAUGAGAGCCCAUAUUAGGUAUACUCAUUUCAAAGGAGGAAAACCUGAUUUUCCUGAAGACACCGAGGUAAAUUUUAUUCAUAAUUUCAAUUUUUUAAAAAUCAAUGAAGCUUGGCAAUCAAUUUGAAAAAAAAAAUUUUUUUUAAAUUAACUAUGUUACCAUCACAAGAUAACACUACUAAUCCCUCAAUAUAGCAAAUUCGUGACUGUGUCCACGAAGCACUCAAUUUUAUCCUAUCAGGCUUGUUUUGCCUUAACCAAAACGAAAAGCCUGCUUCAGUGCUGCCUAACAUUCCAAUACGUAACCAGGUUGGUGCAGUGUGAUAAUGUACUAACACUACUAAUCAAUCAGAGUUCUCAAAUUUAGCAUUUUCUGAGUUUUGUUUACCUACGGCAUUGGCUUUUUUGAAUUUUUGCUUUGGCUGCGGCUCUAGCUUCGAAGCCAGAGUUACAGAGCAAUAGCCAAGCCGUUACGGCGAGGAACCGUGCCGUAAUUGGGCAUGGAGAACGGGCCGGGCCCGCUUUUUAGGCCCGGUUUAAUUUAAGUUUUUCUCAUAUCCGGCCCGGACCGGCCUGAUAUUUUAUACGUGGAAACGGGCCAGUCUUUUCGGGCCGGAUUGGGCUUUUUCGAGACUUCCAGGCCCGGCCCGACUUAAGUUUUUCUCGGGCUUGUUCUGUUUCCCAUAUCUAGCCAAAUUCGAUUUCUGGCUUUGGUUUCAACCCUAGCUUUGUCUUUUUUUAAAACUUCUUGUUACAGCUUUGGAGCUUCAGCUCCGAAGCAGUAGCUGCCUCAGAACUGGUUCUGGAGGCCUUGAAAACUCUGGUUAUAACCCUGCACUAACAAAAACAUAGCUUAUAACAUGAAAUUUAUUAAAAAUUGUCUAAAAAAUAGUAAACAGUACCAAACUACUUUAAAUACAACCUUCUAGGACUCCCUAUACAGUACCAACUUCCUACCAAUAGCACAAAAGUCUCUAUCCGUUUACUCCAAGUUUUUACGUGAAGCCAAUAGUGGAUUUGCCUUACCUGGAGGCCUUUCUUAUGCUGAUUUUGUGAUUGCUGAACAUGUUCAAACUAUCGAGAAUCUAGACCCCAAUUUGGCUGCUACUCAUCCUGACCUUUUGGACUAUAAAAGACGAAUUCAUGCUUUACCACAGUUGCACAACUACUUGGCUUCGAGACCACAUAGUGUUGGUUAA